UGCAUGAAAAAAAAACAUUUUAUCUAAGGUUAAAAAGCGAGCAUAAUUUUAAGCUGUUUUUAUUGUUACUUAUUUGAAAAAUCAUAAUUUCACUUUCUUGAAAAACUGUAGUUCUUAACUUUACAUAAUUUAAAUCGCGUUAGUCGUUUGAACAAAGGUCAAAGUACCAGCGGUUUUAAUAAAAUAUACAAAAUUCCAGAUAGAGACAAUAAAAAUUGACGGUAUUUUGCGCGGGAACAAACACGUAAAGUGUAUUGAAGUGGAAUGAAAUGAUAAACAUCGAUUAAUUUGUAAUUUUACGUUUAAUUAAAACAUAAAAAAUGGCAGAUGCUCUAGCACAUUUAGUUGUUGAUGGCAAUGAGGUGUUACAAUUCAAACUGGUCCGAGAGCCAGAAGAUAUUGAAGAUGACGACACAACCUUUGGUCCAGAGAUGUGUCAUCAAGUUUUUGGAGAAAAUGAAAAUAUAUUUGGCUAUACAGACUUGAAAAUAAAACUGUAUUACAGUGAAGCUAGUUUGCAGACAUACUUAGGCAUAUCAUAUUCUGAUAAGAUAGAUCCAAAGACGUCGGGCGGCUUAAAGCCAGAUGACGUGGAAGGUGCACUCCGCAAGGUGCUAGCCCCGGGAUAUGUGACCAACAUAGACGAGUUUGUGUCAAUGCUCAAAAAAGAUAAACAGUUUAAACCUCACGGAGUUCUUGUUCAGUCUUUCUCAACUGUAAAUCGCGAAGGUGGUGAAAGUCAAGAGUUUGAAGUGUACUAUUGUGAAACGUCCACGCCUGGUUUCCAAGCCUACCACGAGCGGCUGCAGACGUUCCUUCUGUGGUAUGUUGACGCUGCUUCCUUCAUUGAUGUGGACGACGAUCGGUGGACAUUCUUCACUGUGUUCGAGAAGUACCGCAGCAGCACGGGCGGGACCCGCUACGCUGUGGCGGCGUACGCCACGGUGUACCGGUACUACGCCUACCCGCGACACCUGCGCCCGCGCAUCUCGCAGGUGCUCACUCUGCCGCCCUACCGCAAGAUGGGCAUCUGCGCCAACCUCUUGCAGGCUAUAUAUUCACAUUUCAUCCUGCACUCUGAAGUGGUGGACAUCACUGUGGAAGACCCGUCAGACGACUUCCAGAGGAUCAGAGAUUAUGUGGACGCUAAACUUUGUGAGACAUUGUCUGCGUUCCAUCCCGCCAAACUAACACAGAGGUUCACAGCGGAAAUGGCGAGCCAGGCUCAGAACAAACUGAAGAUAAACAAGAAGCAGGCGAGGCGCGUGUACGAGAUCUUGCGGCUCAAGAACACCAACCUAUCGGACAAGAGCGCUUACCUACAGUACAGGCUGGACGUUAAGAACAGACUGAACGCACCGUACCAAAAAAAGAAGUUAGAGAUGAAAAAGCUCCAGAAGGUAUUAAAACCCGACGAGUAUGCAGCGGCCAUAACAACUACGGGCAUGAGUGAGACUCAAGCCCGACUGUCCACUCAGUACCUCGCCUUGGAGGAUGACUACAGACGAGUCGUACACAGGAUGCAAAUAGAGUAAGGGUUAUUUACACGAGCGGCAACUACGACGACCGCCGUCGACCGCCGCCGAGAGUCGACUGCCGUUGGCUGCCGCCGAGACGUCGCUGACUGCAGUCGACUGCCGUUGGCUGCCGCCGAGACAUCUCCGACUGUAGUCGACUGCCGUUGGCUGCCGUCGAGCCGUCACUGACUGCAGUCGACUGCCGUUGGCUGCCGCCGAGACAUCUCCGACUGUAGUCGACUGCUGUUGGCUGCCGCCGAGACGUUACUGACUGCAGUCGACUCCCCUUGGCUGCCGCCGAGUAGUCGCUGACUGCAGUUGGCUGCCGCCGAGAUGUCACUGACUGCAGUCGACUCCCGUUGGCUGCCGCCGAGACGUCGCUGACUGCAGUUGGCUGCCGCUGAGACGUCGCUGACUGCAGUUGGCUGCCGCCGAGACGUCACUGACUGCAGUCGACUGCCGUUGGCUGCCGCCGAGACGUCGCUGACUGCAGUUGGCUGCCGCCGAGACGUCACUGACUGCAGUCGACUGCAGUUGGCUGCCGCUGAGACGUCGCUGACUGCAGUUGGCUGCCGCCGAGACGUCACUGACUGCAGUCGACUGCCGUUGGCUGCCGCCGAGACGUCGUUGACUGCAGUCGUCGGUAACAGCUGCCGCUCGUGUGAAUGAACACUAACCUUGUGUACUAAGCGCCACAUAACUAGUCCGCUAUGAAGCUGUAAUUCGCCUGCGCAGGUAUAAUAGUCUUACUGAGCCAUUUGUCUUAUGUUCAGAACGGACUAGAAGUGUGCCAAGACUUUAACAGUGAAGAGAAAUGUUUAGCCUGAUGUCAAAGUGAAGUGAUAUUAAAAAUAUUAAAGUUGAAUGGAAGAAAGUGUUACAUUUGUCAAGUAUUUGCCAAAAAAAAAAACCAACAAAUUUGUUAUUAAUUUCAAAAUAUGAGAAUUAACACUUGUCCUGGUGUUUAAAAUUGAAGACUUAUUGAUGUUAAAAAAAUUUACUCUUAAGUGAAGAUUGUUAUUUUUUAAGGUCUGCCGUUUCAACAUGUUUUU